AUGAACCGUGUGCGCAGUCUCAUCGCCCGCCCCGCGGUGUACGAGCCGCUCAACGACUCGACGGAGGACGAUGCCGACGAGAUGGUACAUGCGACGCGCCAGCAAAGGUCUCAGUUCUCGCAAUUCGAAUAUAACAUUUUCUUCCUCCUCGGAGUGGCGAUGCUAUGGGCAUGGAACAUGUUCUUGGCCGCGGCACCGUACUUCCACAGCCGGUUUCAAUCCGACGACUGGGCAGCCGCCCACUACCAGCCCUCCAUCCUCUCGGUGUCGACGGUCACCAAUCUUGCGACCGUCAGUAUCCUAGCCAAACGGCAGCAGAAUGCGUCCUAUCCCUGGCGCAUCACCCUCUCGCUUCUGAUCAACUGCUUCGUUUUCACACUCCUGGCUUUCUCGACGGUUGUAUUGAAAGAUGCGUCGGUACGUGUGUACUUUGGCUUUCUCAUGGUCAUGGUGUUUGGGACGAGUUUGGCCACGGGCAUUAACCAGAAUGGCGUCUUUGCGUACGUGUCGGGCUUCGACCGCGAGGAGUACACACAGGCCAUCAUGGGUGGUCAGGGAGUUGCCGGGGUGCUGCCAUGCGUUGUCCAGAUUUUGUCUGUCUUGGCGGUGCCCUCAAAGGACCAGGGUGAUCAGAAACGAAGUCCGUCCAUGCCGCAGGGAUCGUCGUCGGGGUCGGCGUUUAUCUAUUUCCUUACCUCCACAGGGUUCUCGGUGGCUGCGCUGAUGGCUUUUCUUUAUUUGGUCCAGCAUCGGCCCCACACGAGGCCCAAGUUGACCACCGAGGAUGAUGAGAUCGUCUCGGACAGCUGUGCGCACGACAAGACUGUCGGUCUGUGGACUCUGUUCACCAAACUACGGUUCCUAGCGUUGUCGGUCUUUCUUUGUUUCUUGGUGUCGAUGGUUUUCCCCGUCUACACCGCUGAGAUUCAGUCUGUCAACGACCCGGCCAAGUCCCGGAUCUAUGACCAAACAGUGUUUGUUCCACUGGCAUUCCUUGUUUGGAACGUGGGGGACUUAGUCGGACGCAUGGCCGUGGCGAUCCCCUGGCUGUCUCUUGCUCAUCGCCCCUCGAUGGCCUUUGCCUUGGCUAUUGCCCGGGUUGUGUUCAUCCCGCUCUAUCAGUUGUGCAACAUCAACGGUCGAGGGGCCGCAGUACACAGUGACUUCUUCUAUCUAUUCAUCGUGCAGCUGUCCUUUGGUGCCACCAACGGAUACUUGGCCUCCAGCUGUAUGAUGGGUGCCGGCCACUGGGUUUCGGCCGAUGAAAGAGAAGCCGCGGGUGGGUUUAUGAGCAUGGCCCUCGUUGGCGGCUUGGCAGCCGGGAGUCUACUUAAGUCUCUGGCUCAUUUCUGUCUACAACUCCAGGGAUUGGUCUACUUGGUGGGCUGGGUGGUCUACACGCUGUAUUUCCACCCGCUGAAGCAUUAUCCUGGCCCCAAACUGGCGGCAAUUUCUCCCUUGGUGCAUCUACUGUGGGAUAUCCAGGGUAAACAGCAUUCGAUCAUAAAGGAGCUACACGACAAGUAUGGCGAUGUUGUCCGCAUCGCCCCCAACACGCUCGCGUACCGGGCAGCCCCAGCCUGGAAGGAUAUCUACGGUCACCGCAAGAAAGGCCAGAGGACCUUUCUCAAGGACCCGUCCCUGUACUCGCCAACGCCUAACGGGGUAAAUGCCAUCAUCACAGCCACGGAACACAACCACUCCCGGAUGCGUCGACUGCUAACCCACGCGUUCUCGAACAAGGCUCUUCGCGAGCAAGAAGGGAUUCUGCACCGCUACGCCAACCUGCUGAUCGAGCGUCUCCAGGACCAGCUGGGAGCGUCCCGCUCGCAGGUGAUCGAUAUGACACGCUGGUUCAACUUCACCACCUUCGACCUGAUCGGAGACCUGGCCUUUGGUGAGCCGUUCGACUGUCUCAUCAACAGCACCUACCACUGGUGGAUCCUGAUUAUCCUGGACGCCGUCAAAGCCAGCGCCUACCUCAAGAUCUUCUGGUUCUACCAGUUUCUGCUGCCGCUGGUGCAGGUCUUGGUUCCGAGGCACUUGCUGCAGAAACGCACGGAUAGCUUCGCUCUGAGCGUGGACAAGGUGCGUCGUCGUCUCAAGCGCGGCACGUCUCGCCCGGACUUUACCUCGUACAUCUUGAAGCACAGCACCGAUGGCAAGGGAAUGACGCCGUCCGAGAUGGAUGCCAAUGCGGCAGUUUUUGUGCUGGCCGGAAGUGAGACCACUGCCGCUCUUCUGUCAGGUUGCAUGUACUAUCUGCUUCGUCACCGGGAGAAAUACCGUCGGCUGGUCCAGGAAAUCCGCAGUGCUUUUGAGAAAGACGCGGAUAUCAAGCUAUCUUCUAUUGCGGAACUCCCGUAUCUCAACGCUGUGCUGACCGAAACUCUGCGCAUCUAUCCUCCUAUCCCGGCUAUGCUCCCGCGUCUGGUACCGGAGGGAGGCGCGAUGAUCAAUGGCCAAUAUGUGCCUGGAGGGGUCUCUGUUGCCAUCUCGCUGUACUCAACCUUCCGCUCAGCCACCAACUUCAACGACGCAGACGCCUUCCUUCUCUGGAAUUUCGAUCUCGACAUGUCGCCCGCCUCUCUGCACUGGAUCAACCAGAACUCCUAUUCCCUUUGGAGCCGGCCUGAACUGAAGGUGAAAUUGUCUCGCGCUGGAGUGGAGAUGUGA